UGUUUUUUCAUUCAAUUUUCCCUUCCUCUCUCAGGAUUCAAUUGAUCAAUUUAUUUCCGGCAUUGGCGUCGGUGAACUAGCUCCGGCUACUGCUUUCGACCAGGUUUCGUUUUCGAUUAAUUGAAAGCGAAUAUGACUGUGGAUGAAGUGACGACCGUGCAUGUGGUGGUGGAGGAGGAGGUGCAAUCGUCUUCGUCCAAGGUUGAGAUUGCGGAGGAGGAGGAUCUGGUGAAGAAGAAUGGAAAUGAAGAUUUUUCCAAUGGCGUCAAUGGGAGGACUGCCAGGGAAGACAACGAUGGUGACGGUGAUUAUGUUUUCGUUAACGGAAACGAAGAAGAAAAUGGAGGUCCAGUGGAGUCGGAUCUUGAGAAAAACGGAAAUGGCAUUGCUGGAAGAGAUCAGGGGGUUGAGAGUAUGGAGACUGAAGGGGAAGUGAAAUCUAAAACUGAUUUGGUUAAGGAUUUGAGUGAAGAGGAUGAAUCUUGUAUUGAAAUUGUGGAUCAGGACAAGGAAUCGAUGGAAUUGUGCCACGCGGAGGCUUCUGUUGAUGAACAAAAAUCAGUGGAUCUUAUUCGGAGUGGUCCUGUUUUUGCUAUUAAUGCUGAAAAUGGCGUGUCAGAAACUGCCACGGCUGAUCAGAAUAGAGUCUCUGAAUCGGCUGAAGAUGUUUCUGAUGCUAAGAAUAUAGGUGAACACACUGGUUCAGGAGCUGCUGCUGUUGACUCCAGUGAUAAACAGAGUGAUGAGAUUUUUUCCAUCUCCGGUCCUGACGUCAAUGGUUCGGCUAAUGGUAGUGUUGAAGCCAAUGUUCUCGAUUUCAGGUCUAGAGGGAAUGAGGAAUUUGAAAUUGCUGUAGCUGAUGAUAGUGAUUACAAUGGAGAUGGUCUAGCUAAUGAUAAUGCUAAGGCCACUGUCUCUGAAGCCAAUGUUAUUGAUUCCAGGUCAAAAGAGAAUGGAGGCUCUGAAAUGGCUGUAGCCGAUGAUGGUGAUUGCAAUGGAAAUGCUUUAGCUAAUGAUACUGUCUCUGAAGCCAAUGUUCUCGAUUCCAGGUUAAAAGAGAAUGGAGGAUCUGAAAUGGCUGUAGCUGAUGAUGGUGAUUGCAAUGGAAAUGUGUUAGCUAAUGAUAGUGCCAAGGCCACUGUCUCUGAAGCCAAUGCUAUUUAUUCCAGGUCAAAAGAGACUGAGGGUUCUGAAAUAGUUGUAGCUGAUGAUGGCAAUUGCAAUGGAGAUGGUUUAGCUAAUGAUAGUGCUAAGGCCACUGUCUCUGAAGCCAAUGUUCUCGAUUCCAGGUUGAAAGAGAAUGAGGGCUCUGAAACGGCUGUAGCUGAUGAUGGCAACUGCAAUGGAGACGAUUUAGGUAAUGAUAGUGCUAAGGCCACUGUCUCUGAAGCCAAUGUUAUCGAUUCCAAGUCAAAAGAGAAUGGGGGUUCUGAAAUGAUCGUAGCUGAUGAUGACGGUUGCCAUGGAGAUGGUUUAACUAAUGAUAGUGCUAGGGUCGCUGUUUCUGAAGCCAAUGUUCUCGAUUUCAGGUUAAAAGAGAAUGAGAGUUCUGGAAUGGUAGUAGCUGAUGAUUGCAAUGGAGAUCGUGUAGCUUAUGGUAGUGCUAAGACCACUGUUUCUGAAGCUUCUGUAGAUACGAGGAAUAAACAGAAUGAGGUUUGUGAAUUGCCUGUAACUGAUGAUGGGGUUACUACCAUCUCUGUCUCUGACCGUGAUGGGGAUUGUUUACCUGAUGUUAGGGAAAAGGACACAGUUUCAGAAGCUGUUCUUGUUGACUCCAGUGAUGAACAGAAUGAGUCCUCUAACAGUGGUGAAGUUGAAGCUGAUUCUGCAUGUCUUUUCUCUAAUGUUAAUGGAGACAGGCCUGAACAAAAUAGGUUCUCUGAAACUACUGAGAUGGUGCUCCCAGAUGUUGUAUCUGGAAUUGAAUCAGUUAAAGUUGGGGAAAGCCUAACAGCUGCUGAUGAGUUUCCCAUGAAAAGUGGUUUGGGCUUAGAACACAUUACUGAACGAGAUUUGGGUUCGGUAGAUGAUACUAAUUUAGAGAAAGAAACUGGGAGUGGUUCUUUCUCCGAUGAAUGUGGAGAGGCCUUGCAGGAUGUUCACACUGAGGAUGGUAUUUCAGGUACGGUUCAGAUUAAUGACUCUGUUGAUUCAGGUCAGCCUUCUGAACUUGUGGAAAGCUCUAUCUCCCCCAUUACAAAUAAGAAUGUGCAUGUAACUGUUGAAGGGGUUCUUAAUGAUACAAUAGCUGAUGUCGUGGAAUGCACAUCCGCCACAGUUACACUCAAUAAUGAUGCAAGUGUUGAAAGUGGUGUUAGUGAUACUGCAAUUGAGGCUUUACCGCCUUCUUCUGUUGAUGACGAGAAACUGGAAACUGAAGUUAUUGAGUCAGAUGAGAAUAGUAGAGCUGGUUUUGAGAAUAAAGAGAUAGAUGUAAAGGAUGCGAGUGGUUCUAUUGAUGAUAAUUUUAAGUCAAGAUGCUUGACCAAUGGUGGUGAUUCUAUCUUAUCUGCAGAGUCUGAGGUUUCGAAAGUGCUUGUUGAAUGCCAUAGCUCUGAAACCGAUGAAAAAGUGGUGGAUGUGGUUGAUGUUCAAAAUGAUAGUAAUUCGGUUGCUACUGUAAGUAAUGAUGAGAAAGCACCUGCUGCAGAUAUUUCUAACAACGUUGAACUUGUACAUGAAUCUAGAGAAUCAGCUUGUGAUGCUAACAAUAACAAACAAUCUCCUGCUGUCAUGAAGGAAGCAAUUCGGUUUGGUAGUGUUGUAACAUGUCAGGAGUCAGAAGGACCAGAAGGCCUUGACGAGGUUAAAAGAAGUCCAUUUUACUUCUUGAUCAGGGUCCCAAGAUAUGAUGAUGAAAAUUUAAAAGAAAAAAUCAGGCUUGCUCAGAUUACAGUUGAUGAGAAAACCCAUAGUCGGGAUGCUGUUCGAACUGAAAUACAAAAGAUGAGGGCAAUUUGCAAGAAAUAUGGUGAUAAUGUCGAGGCUGCCAUAUCCCAAGAAAGAGCAAUACGAGAUCAGCAUAGGUCCAAACGUCAAGAAAUAGAUUCUAUUCAAUCUAUAAUGAACAUUGAGGAUAUUGACGCCAAGAUUCGAAACAUGGAACACAUGAUACAGCAUGAAACCAUGCCUCUUAAGGAUGAAAAACAGUAUAUUCAUCAAAUCAAGCAAUAUAAACAAACUCGUGAAUGGAUCUCAUCUAAUAUGGGUAAGCAGGAUGAAGUUCUGCAGGGUCCGGACCAAAAAGAACAAAUUAAAGAGCGCAUGAAGUCUUUAAAGAAGGAAGCGGACCAGUUGAAGGUCAAUCUCCUGAAGGCUGAAGCAGUCACUAAGGCUGCUAAGAAAGAGUAUCAUGAUGAAGCUGAAAAGUUAAACAAAUUGCAGUCCCAGUUCAAAGCUGCUGAUGACAUCCGCCAAGAUGCAUAUUCACAGUUGUUGAGCUUGAAGAAACAAUCAUAUGAGAAGAACAAUUUUUUUUGGCAGUACAGGGAUGAUGCAAAGGCAGCAAAUGAUUUGGCUUUGAAAGGGGACAAAGAGGCACUCCAAAAUCUGUGUGUUAACCAGGUUAAGAAUGUAAUGGACUUGUGGAACAACAAUGAUGAAUUCCGUAAGGAAUACAUCCGAUGCAAUGUCAGAAGCACAUUAAGGAGACUGAGGACAUUUGAUGGCCGCGCACUUGGUCCUGAUGAAGAGCCACCUGUAAUUCCUCAAGUAGUAAUCGAAAGAGUUGCCAAGGAUCGCACUGUGUCCAACUCAACUUUUGAAGAACAAACACAAGCUGAAACAGGUCCCGCAAAAGCUGAAACAGCAAAGGAUAAACCUGCCGCAAAGACCGUGGAGCAAAAGAAUGAGACGAGUAAACCAGAAAAGCCCGUAAAACCUGUUCCUCCAGCAAGUGGUUCAGCAACUGCUUCUAGCAGGGACACAAUUGAAGAAGCAGAAGAAGAAAAACCGAAGAUAACAAAGGAGGAAGAGGAAAGGCUUCGGAAGGCAGAGGAAUUGAGAAAGGAACAGGAAGCGGCUAAAUUGAGGGAGCAACGACGGUUGGAGGAGAUAGCUAAAGCUAAGGAAGCACUAGAAAGGAAGAGGCGAAACGCAGAGAAGGCCCAAGCCCGGGCUGAAUUAAGAGCUCAGAAAGAAGCUGAACAGAAAGAGAAGGAAAGGGAAAAGAGGGCCAAGAAGAAAGAAAGAAGAAAGGGAGCAUCAGUAUCAGGGGAUGCAAGUGUUAUAGAUGAAACCGAAUCUGCUCCGACUUUGGAAACUCCAACUGAAACACUGCAAGACUCUCAAAGUAAAGAGAAGCCAGUAACGGUGGCAAAGAGGUCUCAAAAGCCAACUCAGUUCACAAAGCAGAGCAAGGCAAAGGCCAUUCCACCGCCACUUCGCAAUCGCGGUAAGAGAAAGAUGCAGCCAUGGAUGUGGGUCCUCCUGACGUGCCUGGUAAUUUUCGCUUUGUUUUUGGUCGGAAACUAUAACUUCUCCUUCGACUUUGGGCUGCUGCAAAAGUUCAAGUUUUAAAGAUAGAUAUACACGUACACUGGUUUGGCUUAUUUCUUUUGUGCUCGCGCAGGGUGGGGUUAUUUUAUUUUAUAUAGUUGAUUUUCUUAAUUAUUUUUCCAUAGUUUUUGAAAUCAAUUACUAAAGCGUGUCAUUGAUUAGUGGUUUAUGUCGACUGCAAAAUUAAUAUGGUGGUAUUGUUAAGUUGGUACGGUGAUGGUGAUAUUUUAUUAUUUAUUAAUAAUAAUAAGGUACUGUAU